AUGUCACUUACCAAAUAUCUCAAUAAGAAUAAGGAACAACAUGGAGUAGAGGAUUCAGGAGAUGAAGAUAUAGAAGAAAAUGAAAUGGAGGAGGGUAUCAACUACGAAAGUGAGGAAAGUGAGGGAACCAAUGGAUUAAUAAAAAAAACGAGGAAAGACUAUACGUCGGAAAAUUCAUUCACGAGAGAAAUCAGUCAUCAAAAUGUUCAAAAUAUAGCUCAACUAAAAUACAGACACCGAAUGGGGAAUAAAGGCUUUGCAGUUAUAAGGGAAAAAAUGUGUCAAAGUAAUGAAGAUAAAGAGCCUCCCACUCAAGCUGAAAUGUUUAUUGCUACUCGACAAAGUAAGAAAGGAAAGGAGUUGGAUCAAGAAACCAAUCUUGCAAUUAUAAAGCUUCAAGACGUGAUUGAAAAAGAUGGACAAUCAUCUUUAGAGGCCUUUCAGAGUGUGUGUGGCAAAGAAAAACCUGGGAGAUUUCGUUGUCACAGAAGAACUUCAACACCAACUCUCUUGAGAAGAAAUGAAGAAAUUGCAAAACUUAAAAGAGAACACGCUCAGGAGAUAAAACACUUUAAUGAUAAGAUACAAGAGAUAGAGGAGAAACAACAUAAGGAAAUGGAAGCGAUGGAAGGAAAAUUUCAGCUUAUUCUUAAGACAAUGUUGAACUCAAACACUGUAGGAUUGAACAUAGAUGCUUUAGCAGCUUUUUUAUCAACUCCAGCUGAUGCUAACAGUACUCUACGUUCUUCUACAUCAACACAUGCUCCUAAUAAUAAUGAAAUGAAUGAUGGUGAUACCAAUGAUGAAUUUCAACAUUUGGAAGCACAAGAUGAAGAAAUAGAUGUUGAUACUUAAGUUUUCUUUGUGUAUUUGUUUUUAUAGAUAAGGAAUUUUAUUUUUGUUAUUUUGAUUGUCUCCUUAUCUCUAGAAUAUAAAUUAGAGAAAUUGAA